UCAGUCACCCGCGGGGUGGGCGGGGCCGCGGGCGGCGGCGUUGCCUGGUAACGGCCGCCCCGGGCAAUGGCGGCGGCGGGGCCGCCCCGCGGUGAGGAGGAAGCGGGGGUUUGUGCCUGGCAAUAUAAAGUCGUGGGAACUGCCGGCAAAGCUGCUUAGGAUUGUGUUGAAAAUGCUGGGAGAGAAAAAGCAAUUAAUGGUGAAAAGAGAUCUCUACACUGACCCCACGUUUCCGGCCAGUGAUACCUCUAUAUUUUUUGAUUAUUGUACCCCACUUGCCCAGUUCAGAGGUGAGAUAUCUUGGUUGAGACCUAAGGACAUUUGUUCUUCUCCUCGGUUAUUUUCAAACAACGUGCAGGACGUGCAAGUGAAACAAGGAAUUUUGGGAGACUGUUGGUUCCUGUGUGCCUGUGUGGCUUUGCAGAAGAGUAAAUACCUACUGAACAAGGUGAUCCCUCCAGGUCAGCCCAGCUGGACAGAUGAGUCCUACCAAGGCUGUUUCACCUGUCGGGUCUGGCAGUUUGGGCACUGGGUGGAAGUGACCAUUGACGAUCGCCUGCCUUGCCUUGGGGGUAAACUCUGCUUUUCCCAGUGUCAGACAGAGGAUUUGUUUUGGCUUCCACUCUUGGAAAAAGCUUAUGCAAAAGUGCAUGGAUCUUAUGAGCAGUUGUGGGCAGGACAGGUGGCUGAUGCUUUAGUUGAUCUGACUGGAGGAAUUGCUGAAAGAUGGACCCUGAAAGACCCUGGAAAAAACAUGGAGAAAGAGAAGACUGGCAUGGUUUUGGAGAAAGCAGUAUUUAGAAGAUUAAUGAAUCUGAAGGAACAGUGUGUAAUAAGCUGCUCAGUCCUCAGUUCCAGACAAGGUGCAAGUGAACUAGGAGAAUUUCAUGCCUUUAUUGUGAUAGAUACAUUGAAUCUCUUUGAAGUGUCAGGCAAGGAGAUCUUCCUGCUACGAAUUCGAAAUCCUUGGGGGAGGCGGUGCUGGAAAGGGCCCUGGUGUGAGGGUGGGCAAGGAUGGAACCAGUUAGAUCCAGUAGUUGCUUCAGAACUGCUCUCACAGAUCCAAGAGGGAGAAUUCUGGGUUGAUGAAGAGGAAUUUUUCAGGGAAUUUGAUGAGAUUACCAUGGGCUUUCCAGUCAAUGAGGAAGGACGACUUCAGAGCCUCUAUACAGAGAAAGUGCUGUAUCACUCGCAGAAUCUUUUUGGAUCCUGGGUGAGAGGCCAGUCUGCUGGUGGCUGCCGUAACAACAGCAGCUUCCCUACCAACCCCAAGUUCUGGCUGAGAGUCUGUGAAACGAGUGAGGUGUGCAUUGCUCUGCUGCAGAAACACAGGAAAUAUAGCACUGACUGGGCUGGAAGGAUUCAAAAUCCAACUCAUUUAGCAGAGGAAAAUCCAUCUUUGACUGAAGGCAUACAGGGGAAGAACUACCAGGCUGUGGGAUUGCAUGUCUGGAAGGUGGAGAAGAAACGAUUUAACCUUCCGAAGACCCUCUCUGCUCCUCCAGUUGUAGGUACCAUCUGCCAUUCCUAUGAUAGAGAAGUCCAUGUGUGCUGUGACCUUUCGCCUGGCUUUUAUCUUGUUGUUCCCAGCACUUUUCUGAAGGAUGCAGUAGGGAAUUUCUUGCUUCGUGUAUUUUCAACGGGAAGGAUCUCUCUCAGUGAGCUAAAGCCACCACCCACAGAUGCUGCCCUCUGCGAAGAACUCCCAGCUGGUGAAUGGGAGACAGUGCAGCUGCAUGGAUGCUGGAAAAAUGGGCAAAGUGCUGGAGGUAGCAGGAACUUCCCCUCCUUCCAUACCAAUCCCUGCUUUCCCCUCUCCAUUCCUGCAGGACCAGGAAAAAGCAGUGUGAAAGUUACCCUCCGUCAGCACUGCCAGGAUAGCAAGUGUCGUCCAAUAGGUUUCCAUAUUUUCCAGGUGCCUAACAGCAGCUGGAAACCACAAACUACUUCUUUUCUCCACCUGGAGCCACUGGUGAGCUGUGUUCCUCAUUGCUAUUCACAGGAAGUGAGCCGACUCUGCAGGCUUCCUGCAGGACGCUAUGUCAUUAUACCUUCUACGUACUUGCCCAAUACAGAAGGCAAUUUUACAGUGGUCAUAGCAACCAAAAUAGACAGGAAGCGCAUUCAAAGCCAGGAGACACUUGGACAAGUAUUGCAAGAGAUUUCCUUUACAACUGUGAUGAAAAGGUAACCUGGAAUUCUCACACUGUCAUUUCAAGAAACAUCGGAAAGCCAAGGAAUGCCUCACCUCUUGCUGUUCUUGGUUUUAAAUGAAAUAACAGGAAGAUGCCCUUAGCCCAGCUGUUUUUCACUGGUACCAGCUGUCAGGCCUAAGAUGACUUCUUAGUAAAAAUACCUCCUUUAAUCAUGUA